UCACAUAAGCCUGGCAUGCAGAAGUGAUAAGUUGAGAAAGUGCUCAUACUAAUAAUAGAAUAAUAAUAAUCAGAUGGUUAUAAAAAACAGUGUUUAGACAAAUUUUCAGAAUAAAUGUCAGUGAAGAAAUAAUGAGUUCUUCAAGUGACAGCUCAGAGGUUCCCACAGAGGCAUUUGGUCCUAACAGAACCAGUAGCAAAGUGAGAUGCAACACAAGUUUCCUGAGCAUAGUUGAGAAAACAAAAUUGGGUCUACGGAAGUUUAUGUUAGAUGAUCUCAUUGCAUUCAAGUUAUACAAUAAUUUGAAUCAAUUCCAAGUGGGAGAUCAUGACAAGGUAUUGAAGAAUGAUUUGGGAGGUAUUUUCAAUUUGGAAUUCAGCAUUGAUGGGAAAUUACUGGUUUCUGCCUGUGAAGGAAAGCAAGUAUUAUUGUUUGAUGCCUCCAAUCAAAAGUUGAUCAGUAAAGUUGAAAACGCACAUCGUAAUUGUGUGAACUGUGUGAGGUUCUUGAAUGAUAAACAUUUCGCCACUUGUUCCGACGAUACUUCAAUCAAAAUAUGGGAUAUACGUAAAGUACAAUCUUGCAUUCAGACUCUGCAUGGACACUCAAAUUGGGUAAAGAAUAUUGAAUGGUCAGAAAAAGAUAAUGUGAUGGUUACAUCUGCCUUUGAUGGUAGUAUUUAUGCCUGGAACUUAAAGACCCCCAAUGAAAGCAAUAUGAUGUAUGACAAGGUUUUUCUCAUGAACGGGUUGAUGAGGAUGAAAUUGACGGAAGAUGGUUCAAAAAUGGUUAUAUCAACGACCAACGGAUUCAUGAUCAUUAUUCAUGACUUGAAUUUGUUGACCUUAGCUACAGAUUUGAGGUCUUUCAGGCCCAGUUUAUAUAGACUGAUGCAAAUUAGCGACCAAUGUUUUCCAGUUGCAACAAUAUACAAUUCCUUAUUCUCUCCAUCCAGAAGAAGAAAUCGUAUAGAGUUCAUUGAAGACUUUCCCAACGAGGCUGAAGUUAUUAGUUCCCUUCAGAUACAUCCACAUGGCUGGUGUGCUGUAUCCAGGAAUAUGAAUGCUGAAGAUGAUGAAGAGUGGACUAGUGUACACGACAUACAGAACCGAGAACCAAAAGACUAUGAGAACGCCUUCACCUACAUCAACGAAGAAGCACCCGAAGAGGUGGAUCCUGAAGGAGAAGCUAACUCCCGUCCAACUGAUCUUUGGAUGGGUUAUAUUUCCUUGGAAGACUACAACAGUCAUGAUAGAGACUUCAAUGAACUAUCACAGCCCUUAUACGAGAAUCGGCAGUUACCUGCAAUGGGUAUACUGAAUACAGGACUCAUAGGAACUAACUCUUCAUUCGAUACCUACUUCAGACAGCAUCCCGAGCAACAUAACAAAAUUAUAAGAAAUCUUCCAAGGCUGACGCAUUUUAUCAAGGAGAAAAACGUUGCAAAAGGUUUCAUCAAAGAACUGUGUUUUUCCUCGGAUGGUAGAGUGAUAUGUUCGCCAUACGAUAUGGGUGUUAGGUUACUAGCGUUCAAUGAAAAGUGUCAAGAACUUUCUAUGUGUGUACCUGAUAAUCCUCAACAAUUAAAAACUGUCGUUGAAAUGAAUAAUUACCAUAGAGACGUGGUCGUGUCCUGUAAAUUCAGUCCGGUGCACUAUCAGUUAGUGACUGGAUGCUUAGGAAGUGAGAUCAAGUGGUAUCAACCUAUUUUGUGAGAUGACUUUAUCAUUUACCAGAUAGCUAUUUAUGAUAGGAAUGUUUAAGGUGGCAUUUUAUUUUGUAAGUGGAUAAAUUACAAGCAUCAGUUACUGAGCAACCCCACAAACAAAAUGAAACUACUGUCAACAUAAUAUGUAUCAUGAAAUAUUUUUUUUCUAUAAACAUGAGUUUAAAACUUCCAGAUUAA